ACUGGCCCUGGAGGCUCAGAGGCGCAUAGUCAAACCGGGGGUGCUCUUAUACGGGCAAAGCACGCCUAGGACGCAGAGAAGGCUCGCAGACAGCUUGCUAGGGAGUCCAGAGUCUCGACGUAUGUCUGCACGCUUUCCAAAUACUCGCGUUACUCUCGCAGAUCAUGAGACGCUUCGGUAGCACUCGAGGGUCCACAAUUCUUGAAAGCUUACAACGAUGGCGGAUUCCGUAUCUCUUUCGUAACACCCGAGGCCUUUCUUGAACCGUCAUCCUCUAGCGGCGCCCUACGUCCGCGCACCAAGCCGAAGAAAGCGCCGUCGUUUAGACCGCGGGAGAUAGCACCUGCUGAGCCGGGCAACCCGCUCGAGCAGACCCUGGCCUUUGUGUCACCGCAGGUACAGGCAAACGAGGAGAAGAAGCGGCGCCAUGAACAGAAGGCCAAAAACGCAUUGCAGGCGAGCACGAGCACUAUCGCGCGCUUGAGCUCCGACGGGCAACAAGUGGCACGCUCCGAUAAAGACAAGGGCAAGCAGCACGCUGUGAACAUGUCGCGCUCGAAGAGCGAGACGCGUAUUGAUUUGACGAGUCAGUCGACGGACGAAGAAGACGGAUGCGACGGUGUAACACGCGAGGGAUCUGCCAUGGACGUCGAUUUGUCGCAGCCUGAGCCUGCAAGGACAUCUCGCUCGUCGAGGGUGAGAGAUAUGCCGCUGCCACCCCCUCUAGCGCGCCCUGCAUCCGUCGCAGACAUCCGAAGCACUGGACACAAUCUUUUCUCUCCCUCUGCAUCGCAUGACAGAGGGCCGCGCACGCGCGACCCAUCACUUGUCAAGGCUGUGACGACGAUGUCUCGAUCUGAGCAGCCCUUCAUGCAGCGGGAGACUCCUCCAUCGCACCCAGCAUCCACGAACAAGACGGCCAGUUCCAGUAGACGGUUCAGCACAAGUUCGCAGUCUCAGCCGCAGGACUGGAGCAAGGGCAAACAGCGCGCCACAGAGCCAACACUCGUGGGCCACGCAAAUGUCACAUCGAAUGAGGAUAAUGAGGAUAGUGAGGAUAACAUGGCUGUUGACGAGCCCGAAGCUCCCCGAGAACACGUGCUGUCGAAGAGCGACUCAACGAAGAUACCACCUAUGCAGAAGUGGCCCCACAUCCAAGCAAUGCCCACAGCAGACAAGCGCAACCUGACAAAGGCCCCCGCCUCUACCUCCUCACGCCCAUUUUACCAUCCUGUCCGCGACCCUUCGCCCGUCAAGUUCAGCACGGCAUCCCUUCGAGGCGUACACUCACCUGCAGAACCUUCCAGACCCUCUCCAUCACCCAUACAGACCCAGACGACCGCUUCGAGUGCCUCUUACAGACCUGCAUGCACGCCCUCCAGCCAGUACGCCUCAGGUCCGCGUGCGUUGGGCAUGCUUGGCGUGCGGGGCCGAUCUUCACGCCUGCACCAGCCCUUCAAGGCUCCGCGGCCUUCGCAGGCCUCGCAGCAGACCCUGCAACGGGACGUGCCCACGCAUAUGUUCUCGGAGCCCACGCGGACGCAAUCGCGUAUCGCAGGAGUGCUCACGACCACCAGUGGUCCAUCGAGGACUGCCUCAGCAGAGUCGUCCUGGGGAGAGACACCAUUUUCGAACACCGGCUCGAGCAUCACAAACAGCGGAAAAAGAGUGAGCAGUGCGCCGGCGAGUGGUCUGUUCGCCUCGGAGCCGCCAGUGUCAGAGGUUGAGGACGAUGGAGCGGUGUCAGAAGGAUAUUCGCGCGAGGAGCACUAUUCGUAUUCGCAUGAGAAGCGCAACGACGAGGAUGUUUCCCGACAGGCUCGUCCACCCCAAGCACCCGUCUCACGCCGCUCACUCUCACCGGAGGCAACUCUUGAGGCGGACUCGAGCUAUGGGGAUAUAAUGCCCGAGUUUGACCUGCAGACCAUAAAUAUGAUCAUGCAGCCAUACGACUGUGUGAAGGCGUGAGGAUAUCGGGCGUGGAGACUGCGAGUUGAGGGUAGUACACUACUUUCUUGUCAUGCCACGUACUUAUUGGAUACCCUAUUUGUUCUUGGAUGUCGCGCGUGAGAUGUACCUGGUUUUCCUCAAGAACGUCUACAGUAUAUUAUGGUAGUUGUGAUCGAUGCCAAGCAAUCAGCCAGAGAUGGAUGAACGUCGAAGCGGACGGGCUGACUUUUCCAUCAGUGUGACUAGGGCCCAUUGUCGAAGGCGAUGAGCAUCGAAACUACGAUAUUCCAUUCCCCCCGAGGAGAUGCAAAACCACGAAUAGAUAGCAUGGAGAGCGAGCAGCACACAUCAAUGCAACAAAUCAAGAACAAGCGAGCACCAAGCCAUAGAAAUGUACGAGGACUCGAGAGCUGGAAUCUCUAGUUGGACCACAGGUGGUGUAAUUUUAGCUGCUCUAGGCAGAACCACUGAAAGCGACUCGAUUAGACGAUCGGAAUACCAGCGUACUCAUCGUAGCCGAGGGCGAGGUUGAGGUUCUACGUUUUGUUAGCACAGUCCUUGCAUGUAAAUGUGAGGUUUAUACCUGCAAGCACUGUGUCGCCGCACCCUUGAGAAGGUUGUCCAAUCCGCCCUGCAAAACGAAAGGCGUCAGCACU